AUGCAGUUAGACGGUCUCAAAUACUAUAUAUUCCAACUGUAUCAGUUGGUCGUUGUUGUUGCCAUAAUAUGCAUCGUAUUCGUCGUUUACAUGUUCAAAUAUGCAUCCAAACCAAAAUCUUCGCCCAAGAAAGCUGAUCAGAAAGAAAGUGCGCCUAAACCGUCCGGUUUGAAACAACCCGAAGUGAGGAGCAAUCUGAGGGUGUCGAACAGCAAGUCCGCCACUGAGGCAAAGAAAAUUGAUACGGCAAGUAGUGAAGAGGAAGAGGAAGAGGAGGAAGAGGAGGGUGAGGUUGUGAUGCCACGAAAACGACGUAUUAUUUCUGAAAUUACCGUUUCAUCGACAUAA